GAACGAUUUAUUAAAUCGAACGGUGGCGAGCGAAACAGAUGUGGCGAUCGCUGUUUGGGAGAUCGGAAGAAGGGGGAGAAGCGGCAUCGAGCUGUUCGGAAGAAGCGAUCGACGGCCAGCGAAGCGGUGGGAGCUGAAGGAGGAGGAAAGAGGGCGGAGUUGGGCGGGCUUCGAUCGAAGCCAGCAGCGUGGCUGCCAUGUCUGCGGGGAUCUGCGGGAAGCGCCUAGGGUUGGAGGAAAUCUUCGGAUCUCCGGCAUCGCCGCCUCCGUCAGCCAAGAGAUCGCGCUGCAGUCGCUACGGAUCUGAGGAUACACUCUCCGUGCUCCUCCGCAUGUUCCCCUCCAUGGAUCGGGAGGUUGUUGAAACAGUUUUGAAUUCUCACGAUCACAAAAUUGAUGAUGCUAUUAAAAGUCUCCAUGCUUUGUGCCUUGGUGAUGGUUCUGUGAAUGUUGAAGGAAUUAACUCUAUUUUACAAUCAAGUGACAACACUGUGCAAGGUGUUCUCAAGUCUCAGACAUUUGAAGGGAAUGCUGAAGUCUCUCAGAACAAGGGAAGUUGCCAACCAGAGGAAUCACAAAACGGGACUUCUUGGGGCGAUGUAUUUGUAAAGGAAAUGAUGAAUGCCUCAGACUGGAAUGAUGUCCGAACUCGUGCUAUGAAAACCUUGGAAGUAUUCGAAAGAGACAUCGUUACUCGAACAACAGCAUACAUGGAGAAAGAGAACAAUUCCUUGAAAGAGCAACUGCAGUGUUUAUUAAGAGACAAUCAAAUCCUAAAGAGGGCUGUUGCGGUCCAGCAUGAAUGCAGUUUGGAGCAUGAGGAGAAGAUUAAGGAGGUGCAGCAUUUGAAGCAAGUGAUUAGCCAGUAUCAAGAGCAAGUCCGAGCAUUAGAGAUGAGUAACUAUACAUUGAAGGUCCAUCUUCAGAAAGCGCAAGACGCCAGUUCCAUGCCAGGCCGUUUCCAUCCAGACAUUUUCUAGGUUUAUUCCUUCAAUUGCAUGCCUGUAAUCCUGAAGUAUCUCUCGCAGAAAUUAGUUAUAUAGGUACAGCAGGUGCAAAGGGGAGCCUUUGUGUUAUGAAGAAAGCCUUUGUUGGUUUUGUAAUAGACUAUUUAUAUCAUCUUCCUUGGCAUUCGAAUCACGUUAUAGAGGGAUCAAAGUUAUUCUUGUUUGUUUAAAUUAACAAGUUCUUGUGGAUGCCAAUAGGUUUGUCUGAUUAGAAUGCUGAUGAAAGCUUGAAUUAAAUUGUUUCCAAUGUUA